AUGUCAACAGCCACCACCCUCGAAGAAAAAUUGCGCAUCCUCCACAACUACUCCGCCUGCGACAUCUCCGACGCUCUCCUCAAACUCCAACCCCAAACCCCCGGAACCGCAGCCCGCGCCGGCCACCUCGCCGACCUAAGUACGUAUCUCCCGUCCCUCACACACACCCCCUACCCCACCCCCCCAAACCACCAGCAUAACCCCAAGAUCAUCGCCCCAGCCUCCACCAUCAAAUUCAUCUCCAAACACGCCGAGCGUCCCGCCGCGAGCACCGACAUCCCAGAACACACCUUCCCGCCCAACACGCACUGGGUCGACACCGUCGACCGGGACACGAUCGUCGUCGUCGACCAGCCCCCGACCCAACACUGCGCGGUCGUGGGGGGCAUCAUGGCGCUGCGCAUGAAGCACCUGGGCGUGACGGGGGCGGUGGUGAACGGGCGCGUGCGCGACCGGGCCGAGUUCGCGGAGUGUGGGCUCCCCGUGUGGGCGCGGGGCACGUCGACGGUGGGGAGUGGUGCGGAGGCGACGGCGGUCGCCCGCAAUGUCGCGGUUGAUGUGGGUGGGGUGGUUGUUCGGCCGGGCGAUAUCAUUGUCUGUGAUCCGGUGGAGGGUGUGGUGGCCAUUCCGCGCGAUCUGCUCGAUGCCGUUCUGGAGACGAUGCCGAAGUUGGUGGCGAUGGAUGAUCGGGUGAAGGAGGCUGUGGGCCAGGGGGUCAGUGUGUUUGAGGCCUUUAAGCGGUUUCGUGGGAAGAUUUAG